AUGAAUAACGCAAGACAGUAUGAAACUCUUCGAAAGAAAAAUGACCAACUUGAGGCGAAACUAGCACGUGAACAGAAGUCGGCUAAAUCGUCAUCAAGCCAAAGCAAAGACCUUACUGUUGUACCGGCCAAGACUAAAUGGCUUCCGUCAUUAGACUUCACAGAUGAAGAACUUGCAAAUAUGACAGAUAAAGAAAUCAACAGUCUGGUAAUCAAGCUGGAGCGGGAGCAAAAGAUUGCAGAUGGCAAUUUGAAAAACUCUGAAUGGAAACUUGAUCAAGAAGCAAAACAAUACUUUGAAGCGAAAAAUAAAGUAGAAGCUGCCAAAGUAAUUGGAGUCAAAGCAAAUCAAGAUUUUAAGCGACAUCAGCAACUAACGCCUGUGGAAAGCUCUACUGGAAGAAGUACCGAUAGUCGAGCUUCGAUGCAUUCGAAAACUUCAAAAUCAAGAAACGGUUUUUAA